CUUCGUCCGCUACGACCUUCGCCCUCUCCCACUCUCUCGCAUCCCCCCCAUCGCUACCUGCAGCGCCCGCAUCUCUGGUCUCCAUCUUCGCUGCCCGAUACGCCGAUUUCGUAUCGUCGAUUGAUCGUGAUAGCCAGAUUUAGAGCUUCCAAGGUUGAGUUUAGGACAGAAUUUUGGUCUAGGCUUGAGUUGGCGUUGUUGUUGCAGAUGUUCAGUAAGUUGCACAAGCUGUUGUAUUGUCGCGCGCCGCUUUUCCAUUCCCCGUUUUUCGAAACUGCUCUUCAUUUACCUUAGCAGCUGCUCGUAAAGGUCUAGGGCGAUAGCAUUCUCGUAAUUCACUUCAAACUUUGGUGCUUUUCGUGGCCUGAUUUCUGGAGCUUCAAUUUACUCUCUCUUUUACUUUUGUGGUUCUGGUGUCGUGUUCCCCCGGCAUUGAAGGAUUUUGGUGAAGGUAGUGACUUGCGACAUCUGACGGGUAAGGUGUGAGGUCCAUCCUUGUAGCGCUUGAGCAGGAAGCUGCAGUCAAUUGUUAAGUCGUUGUUAAGAACCACGAGCAGCUUGCAGCUUUAGGAUGAUUACCAGCAAGGCUAUCCCGAUUUGCCGAAGCCCAUUCCAGGGCGAGACUUUGAUGUCAUCUUCACCAAUGAGCGUGGGUGCUCUGAGCACGAGCCCGAGUCCGAGCUCGAGACGAAAAGCAGGCUAUGGUCUCGUGACGAUGGCAUACUCCGGCGCUUCAGUCAGGGAUCCCCAUGCCACUCUGGGCAUCGAGCCUGGCGCGAGUAAGCAUGAGAUCAAGAAAGCGUACAGACGCCUCGCGCUUCAGUACCACCCCGAUGUCUGUGACGGCAACCACUGCACCACGAAUUUCCAACAAAUCAACUUCGCGUAUGAGACCCUGCUCAGUAUGACGAAUCCCCAGUUCGGUGAGUUCGACGACGACUUGUCGGACAAUCUGGAAGGGUUUGCCGGCGUCAGCGGGGAUUCGUGGGCAGACUGGGAGGAAUGGAUGGGUUGGGAAGGCGCGGGUAUCCGGGACUAUUCGGAUCACAUCAACUACGCCACCUAGGCGCAUGAAAUCCUGCAGCACUCCGCAAUUCGCAUGUAAUUUUACUCUGGAUUAUUGAUGGAACCGACACUUGCAGUCACCAACGAUUGACAGGCUAACGGUCCGUGUGUACAUAUUGGCGUUCCUUGGGGGCGUGAAGGGGAAGUGCUGCAUUUAAAACAUCACAUUUUCUGACUGGAGAUUUAAGCUUAGACACAAAAAGAAAGGAAAAAAGAAAAUAAAAAAAAAUAAAAAAAGAACCAGCCGACAAGGGGAAAUUUUCUCAACUGAUUGAAAUUGUCCAUCACCCCACUGUGUUGCUAUAGACAUCGUGGGAGGUUUUAGUUAUUUAAAUUCUUUUGGCUCGCGCCAUGUAUUGACGCUGCCGGUUGGCGGUGUAAUUUUGCAAUGGAUAAACAUUGAGGGAGGGCCAAUUUCACACUU